AUGAUAAAUGCAUUCAAUGCUAUGAUGGCUUUCUUUUAGAUGGAGAUGCUUGUGUUUCAUUUUUUGAAGAGAGUUUACUUAAUCAAUAAUAAGAAGAAAGUGGUAUUUUAGAUGAAGGAUGCUUGA